UUGACGUUCUACAACGGGUGGUUGUGAUAAACAUAAAAAAGAGGUAAUAGGACAAAUUUUUUUUUUUUUUAACCUAGUAAUAGGACAAUUCACAGAAAGAAAAUUGGCGACAUGAGCAUGUGAAUCCGUACAAAUAAAUUGAUAAUCAAGUCUCAUCAGGUGGGUCCUCAUUGAUUGCAAAAUGCAGGCAAAGAGAAAUACUCCAUUUGUGAACUGGGUUGGUGAACAAUAAGAAACUGUUGGUAACUGAUGGUCCAUGACGUACUUUCCAUGAAGAUUCACAGAGCGCGUGGAAAAGAAAAGUAGACAAUAGUUAUGAAUGAUUUUUUUAUUUUUUAUUUUAUUUAUUUAUUUUUAUUUUUUAUCACUCUUGUCAUUCCGCCUCUGCUUAGUUGCUUCAUCCUGCUUUUUCUUUGACUGACCAGCCAUCUUUUUUAUUUUUAUUUUUAUUUUUUUCUUCGCUCACCAAGGACCCACUUGAACAGGGGCUUUUUGCCCCAAUUGUGAAAUGAACAUUAAAGUAUGCCCAACAGAGAAACUAUUGAUCGUCUGUCUCAACAAGAAAAUUAAAAAAAAAAUGGCUGAAACAGUUAUUUACAACACUAUAACUCAAAUCCUGAAGAAGUUGGGUUCGAUGGUCAACCAAGAGAUCAAACUGGUGCGGGGUGUGAAGAAAGAACUUCACAAACUCGAAAACACAGUUUCCACAAUCAGAGCAGUGCUUGUUGAUGCAGAGGAGCAGAAAGCCACAAACACUGAGGUUGAAGACUGGCUUGAAAAGCUCAACGAUGUAUUUUAUGAUGCCGAUGACUUGCUCAAUGACUUCUCCACCCAAAUUCUCCGGCGCAAAGUUCUGACUAAGAACAAAAGGCUAAAAAAGGUACGCAAUUUCUUCUCAAGCUCAAAUAAGAUGGCUCAAAAGAUUAAGGCCGUUAGGGAGAGACUAGAUGCAAUUGCACAAGACAGGAGAAACUUUCACCUCAUUGAGCGGCCUGUAGAGAAUACUAAGAAGAAGGAGACUCACUCUUAUGUUCAUCCAGAAACUGUUAUUGGGAGGGAUAAAGAUAAAACUAAUAUUGUAGAAAUGUUAUUGAACACUAACGUGGAAGAGAAUGUGUCAGUUGUUGCAAUAGUUGGUAUUGGGGGACUAGGAAAGACCACACUUGCACAAUUAGUCUAUAAUGAUGAAGAGGUCACCAAACAUUUUGAACUUAUGAAAUGGGUGUUUGUCUCUAACCCCUUUGAUGUGCAACUCAUUGUGCAAAAAAUCGUAGGUUCUGAAGCAGGUAAAGCCCUUCAUAUGGAAGAAUUGCAAAAGCAUUUGAGGACAGAAAUUGAGGGAAAAAGAUAUUUACUUGUGUUGGAUGAUAUGUGGAAUGAAGAUCGUGAUAAUUGGUUAGAAUUAAGAAAUCUAUUGAUGGGUGGUUCAAGAGGAAGUAAAAUUUUAGUAACAACCCGUAAUAAUUUAGUUGCAAAUAUUACGGGGACAAAUUCUCUAUAUUUUUUAGAAGGCUUGUGUGAUAAGGUGUCAUGGUCUUUAUUUAAGCAAAUGGCAUUGAAACAGGGGGAAGAGCAUGAGAAUCCAUGUCGAGUAACAAUGGGGAAGGAAAUUGUACAGAAGUGUAAGGGGGUUCCUCUUGCCAUAAAGGCUAUAGGAAGCCUACUAUACUCUAAAAAUACAGAUGCAGAGUGGUUGGUUUUCAAAGAUAACGAUUUGUUUAAAAUAGCUCAACAAGAGGAUGUUAUUUUGCCAAUACUAAAGAUAAGUUACGAUUACCUCCCUUUGAAUCUGAAGCGAUGCUUUGCAUUUUGUUCCUUGUAUUUGAAAGAUGAAAAAAUUUAUAAGAAAGAAUUGAUCCAAUUGUGGAUUGCAGAGGGAUUGAUUCCGUCAGUGUAUGAGAAUCAACAAUUGGAAGAUGUAGGUGAUUUGUAUUUUAUGGAUUUACUAAGGAGGUCAUUUUUUCAAGAUGUUAGAACAGAUGAAUGGGGUGAGAUAAUAAGUUGCAAAAUGCAUGAUCUUGUCCAUGAUGUUGCAGAAAAUGUUGCGAGGCUCAAGAGUUCAGUAGAGAAUUCAGAUGCAAAAAAUGUUACCGAAAGAACUCGUCACGUGUCAUGUGGUUAUUUUGUAGAUUCAUCAUGGGAAAUUCCAACCAACUUGCUGAGAGCUAACAAGUUACGGACAUUUAUUUUGAAGAAUAAAUAUUUAGAAGAAACGGUUUUUGAAAGGAUUGUUUCUACUUAUAAAUAUUUACGCGUGUUGAAUAUGUCCAACUUGGGGAUCGAGAUCGUGCCGAGUUACAUAAGCAACCUGAAACGUUUAAAAUAUCUUGAUCUUAGUGGUGAUCACAUGAAGACUCUGCCAAGUUCUAUAACCAAGUUGCAAAAUUUGGAGACUCUAAAACUCAAUAGAUGUGGGUUUCUUAAAGAAUUGCCAACAGAUUUUAGGAAAUUGGUUAGCCUCAGGCAUCUUGAGUGUGAAGAGUGUCAUGACUUGACUGGCAUGCCAUGUGGAUUUGGGCAAUUGACGUCUCUUUCAACGUUAACAAGGUUUGUAACGGACUUAAAUACUGGAUUUAGUGAAUUGCGAAGCCUAAAUAAUCUACGGGGGAGGUUAUUUAUUGACUUAAAGAGACGCAGGGACUCAAGUAGACGUAGGGACGCACGUAGACGAUGGCAUUGGAAAAACACAGCAGCAGCAGAGGGAAGAAUGGAGGGAACAAACUACUUGGAGGCAAAACAGUACCUUAAUACGCUGGAAUUAGGUUUUUCUAUAAUUGAUGAUCAGGAGGUGGAGUUAUUGUUGGAAUCCCUACGUCCACACCCGAAUUUGAAGGGGUUGAUAAUAAAGUCUUACAGUGGAGUGAGUUUCCCAAGUUGGAUGAUGGUUGACAAAAUUGGCUUAUCCCUCCCAAAUCUAGUCAGAAUUCAUAUAUCAUUAUGUGUAUGGAAACAUCUUCCGCUAUUUGGGCAACUUCCUUCUCUCCAAUUUCUGAGUCUCAUGGGUAUGCAAUACCUGGAGUACAUAGACAACAGUAGUGGGAGUGGCAGUGGCAGUGGUGGUGAGGAGUCCCUCUCUUCGUCUUUACCCUCUUCUUCAAUUGGAGGGGGAGGAGGAGGAGGAGGAGCAACAGAUGCAACAGCAGCAAUAAGAAGAUCGGAACCAGCACCAACACCAACAUUUUUCCCAUCCCUGAAACAACUCACACUCCAUGGAUUGCCUAAAUUGAAGGGAUGGUGGAGGAGUGAUGCAGCAGCAGAAGCAACAACAACAGCAAUGACAACGACAACUUUAGUGGACCAACAGCAACAUCAACAACAACAUUUGAAGCUCCCAUCAUUUCAUUUUCUUUCCAAAUUAACCAUUAUUGGUUGCCCUAAUCUGGCAUCAAUGCCUAUUCUGCAACCAUGUCUUGAAGAACUAGAGCUCAAUGAGGUCAGCAAGAAGCUAGUAGAACAAGAGUUAAUGAUGACAUUGGUGUCCCCAACCCCACUAACCAACUCUACGACCACCACGUUUACAGAUAUAGUUGGAACCUCUUCAUCUUCUUCGCAUCUUCCUCUUUCCAACUUAAAGUCUAUGUCGUUAUGGAAUAUCCAGGAUCUAGGUGACGAUAACGACAUGCAAUUUCCUCAAGGCCUUAGGAACCUAAGGAAUCUGUCUAUCUGUUUUAUUCCAGAGUUGGUAUCUCUUCCUGUGGGGCUUCAACAUCUUACCACUCUUCAAACACUGCAGAUUAAGUCGUGUCAUAAUUUGAAGACUUUACCGGAGUGGAUAGGGAACCUCACAUCACUUGAACGACUUGAAAUUGAAUUCUGCUGCGAAUUGACAUCACUGUCCGAUGGGAUGCGCCAGCUCACUGCAUUACAACAACUCACAAUUACAUAUUGCGCCAAAGUGCUAUAUGAUAGAUGCCAGGAAGAAACAGGGGAAGAUUGGCCAAAGAUUGCUCACAUCCAAAAUUUCUUCUGUGAAAGUAGAGGUAAAUCGUUCCUGAUCUGAAUUUUUUUAAGACUGUAAAACUCCAUCUUAUUCCUCUCUCUACCCCUUCACUGUGGCUCUCUUUAUUUAACUUCAAUUGAUCUUUUAUUGGACAGACUAGCACGAGGAAACAAAGCAAGAAAUGUCUCCAACUACUACAAUUUAGUGGAAACGUCGAAUGUUCAGUUUGUGCAUGUGUUCCGGGGCAGUUUCAUGAGCACAUAAUUGGGGUACUUUUACAGUCUUCUUCAUAUUCAUAUUGAUUAAUCUCAAAGGCAAGCCAAGUCUUUUUACUUGACCGACCAUAAUGAUAGUACUACUUAACAUCAAUCACGAUGAUGCAACGACAAAAUGCAGGAAGAAACAGAAGUGGAAGCAGCCAAUUGGAUGAUUACAAAAACUAGUGAGCAUGAGCAGCUUCAAAGUAAAUGGCCAAAGCUCUAGGGAUGACCAUUAGUAGUCUAGACAAUAUUCUGUGGAAUGGAGGUGUUCGGGGGUAGCACUUGAUGAGCACAUAAUUAAAUUUUGUUUAAUGUCAAAGGGAUGAAUGUUAGUAGUCUAGAUAAGAUUUUAUGCAAUGGAGGAGAGUCGGGAGAAAGGAUUUUACAAAUUUACUGGAGACUUAUUGUCUCUAUUGGUGCUCAUGAUCAAGGCAAAGGAUUAAGCUUGAAAAACCUGAUUCAGCAACUGUCGAAUGUUCAGUUUGUGCAUGUGUUUUGGGGCAGCUUCAUGAGCACAUAAUUGGAGUAGUCUUGCAAUCUUAUUAUUGUUCAUAUUUGUAUUGCUUAAUCUCAAAGUAUAAAUAAAUUGAAAGAUGUCACAGGGUGAUAAAAGGAAGAUUGUAGAUUUAUCAUCAAAUGAUAACUCAUCUCCAACCCCUAAUUUUGCUCCAAUGACAGAUUCUGCUCCAAUGAAAGAUACAAAUACAAUUGAUGAAUCAAGUCUUAAUUUCAGCAACUUCGCCCAAGAAAAAAAAAAUAACAUCAGCUGUGUGGAAUGAUUUUAAGAAGGUAAAGAUAAAUGGGAUAGAGUAUAGUGUUUGCAACCAUUGCACUUCAAAGUUGAAAGCACCUAGUAAGAAUGGAACAAGUAGCUUGCGCGACCAUUUAAAAAGGUGUAAGAAAGUUGGAAACAAGGAUAUGAGACAGUUUGUUUCGCAACAAAAUCUGAAAAAGAUGGAUGGACAGUUGGAAUGUCGCACUUCUCUGUUUGAUAAACAAGCUGCAAAAGUUGCACGUGAUGAGCUUGCGGGCAUGAUCAUAGUGCAUGAGUAUCCACUUUCCAUUUUUGAACAUUCCCGCUUUCGAAGAUUUGUUAAUGCCCUUCAACCAAUGUUUAAGUUGGUUUCUCGAAAUACAAUCAAAAGGGACAUCUUAAGUAUUUAUGAAUCUGAGAAAGCUAAAACAUCGUGGUUGUUGGAGACCAUUGGGAGUAGAGUUGCCAUCACUUCUGAUAUGUGGACUUGCAAUCAUUCAAAGAAAGGUUUCAUGGCAAUAACAGCCCACUUUAUCGAUGAUUCUUGGGAGUUGCAACAAAGAAUUUUGAGGAUCAUUCUCUCUCGUUGAAAUUGGUCGAAGGUUCCAAUUUGCAGUCAGCUUUCCAUGCUAUUCCUUGCUCUAGCAGUUCAGGCAUGAAGUCGGGAGUAGGCGAUCUUCAUAUGCUCUCUCUUUGGUACUCUCUCUCUAUUGAAUCUACUGGGUACAUAAGGAACUGUCAUUGGGAAAAAAAAGCAACCAGCAGGAAUUAAAGAGCAUUCUGUUAUAGGAGUUUACAAACGCCAUUGUACUUUUUCAUCUCUCUACUAGUCUCUCCAGUGGAGCUGGACAAGUGGUGGGCAUGUCAUUAUGAAGGCCCUUGUAUUGGGCUUUUUGAAGAUUAUGCUCGUGAUAGAGGCUGUUAAGAUCAUAAUUAAUUUGCAAAGCGUAAAAGAUCUUCAAAAACAGCCCAUACUAUGACUCGCGGCAGUUCCAAUGAUUUGUACUCCGUUGUGAGGGGACGAGAGAGAAGUGGUUGUGUGUGGAUGCUUGGCUUGGGGCCUACACCAAGCGAUGUUUGGGGGCCCUCUCCUAGUAAAGCUGAACUCAUUAACAAAGCCAAAAAAUCUGAUGAGGAUGCACAUGCUGCACGUGUAGAGUUGCAGAACACCAUUUCAAAAAUGCAAGCUGACUGUGAUGACAAGUUGGAAAAUUUACGAGCCGACUAUGACGACAAAUUGGAAAAUUUACAAAAACAAGUGGCUAUGCUAAUGCAGAUGUAACAACAAAAUUGUAGUGGACAGGGUUCUGAUUCUUUAAAUGCUCCUAGAGUAUGCCCAAAUUCAAUUUCUAGUCGUGCCAAUUCAGUUAAGGGUAAUUCAAAUCAAAUGGGCAGGAGUUGUCGAAGUUGAAGCUGAAGAUGGGGUCGUGGCUGUGCUUUUUGAAUUUCCUUGACCAAUGUGAAAACUUCCACUACAUUUUGAUGGGUUCUUUUUGAAAACUUCUACUACCUUUGUCAAAAAUUCUUAAUUAUUUUUGGUUGACAUUUAGUAGCUUUAUCUAGACAAUUUGGAUGGUAUUUUUAUAUUGGCAGGUUCACUUGUGGUUGUAUUAGUAGACAUUUUGGCUUUUUGGUUGACAUUUAGCAGCUUUAUUUAUUAGUAGACAAUUUGGAUGGUA